AUGGACGAGUAUUUGACAUUGUUUGCACUUUGUGCGCUCUGCUUAGCCUUUCAAUCCCUGCGAACUCGCUAUCACGGAGGUCUCAAUGCUAUCCCCGGACCGUUCUCUGCAAGCUUUUGCAAUCUCUGGAAGAUCUUGGCUGUCUACAACAAUGACAUGCCACGGCGUAACAUAUCUGUGCACAAAAAGUAUGGACCAGUUGUCCGAAUUGGUCCAAAGCACGUCUCAUUCUCAAGCCCCGAGGCACUCCAUAUUAUACAUGGAUCGAGACAGGCAUAUCCCAAAUCCGACUUUUAUAAGCCAGCAGCAGCCCCGUUCGAAGGCAGCCCACUGCUGAAUCUAUUUUCAGUGCGAGAUGUCAACUACCACUCGUCGCUUAAAAAGGUAGUUGGUGGUCUAUACACGAAAGCUGCGGUUCUUGACCUAGAAUCUAAAAUUGAUACUUGUGUGGAAAUAUUCACAAAUCAAUUGCGAAAUCGGACUCGGAAUGAUGGUCCAACCAAUGUGGAUAUGUCCCUAUGGGUGCAUCUCUUCGCGUUUGAUUGCCUCGGGGAGCUGAAUGUAUCCAAGAAAUUCGGAUUUCUGGAUACCGGCAGAGAUUUCAAUGGAUUUAUUGAGGGCUCUGACAAAGUUCUGAUCAAAACUGGAUUGCUCGGCCAAGCACCCUUCCUCCAAGUGAUCCGAAGAUUAAUGGACACCAGUUGGGGAGCGGAGAAGCUCAAUCCGGUGCUAAAGUACACCACCACCGUGAUUCGGCAACGUCUCGAAAAGCCUACUCAGACUCCGGAUAUGUUAAACAGUUUUCUAGAGCUCCGGCAGGCUCAACCGGACAGGCUUUCUAUUCGAGAUAUCACUGGAUCAAUCUACAUCAACUUUAUGGCCGGUCACGAUGUACUUGCUGUUACUCUCCGAGCGAUCUUGUACUACGUUGCUCGGUCUCCUCGAGUCGAGGACAAGCUCCGUGCUGAGCUCGCCACCAUAACAACGCGCUAUCGGUCGACGGAUGCAUUACCCUACACAGAGACAUCGAAGCUGCCUUAUCUAGGAGCCGUCAUCAACGAAUCCUUGCGCAUCCAUGGAAAUUUAGGUCUCAUCAACGAGCGUGUCACACCGCCAGAGGGUGCCCGUAUUGAUAGAUACCACAUACCCGGCGGAACCAUCGUGGGAAUAAACCCAUGGGUAAUCCAUCGUAAUACCGAGAUCUUCGGAGAAGAUGUAGAGUCCUUCCGACCAGAACGAUGGCUGGAUGGACCUGAAGACAGCAUUCAGGAAAUGAAAAGAAACUUGUUUUCGUUUGGCGCCGGCCCUCGGAUGUGUAUAGGGAAGAAUAUCGCUAUGAUGCAGAUUUACAAAUUCAUAACCGAGUUCUACCGUCACUUCACUUCUGAGCUUGCCUCACCAGAGAAGGAUUGGCACGUAACCGGUAAUUGGGUUACCAAACAGACCGAAAUGGAUAUGCUUGUGAUACAGGCAAAACCUAAGCAGGUUUGA